CUCAGUACUCAUGCAUCAUCUCUUGCUACAGUUUCGGUCCAUUUCCUCCCCGGACGACAAUCAUGACUCUUGCUACAGUUUCGGUCCAUUUCCGCCCCAGAUGACACCCAUGACUCUUGCUACGGUUAUCGGUUUGGCACUUCGUAUCCCAGUGACUAUAAUAGGCACCAGCCAUUGUUCCUACAUCUCUCACGCCCUCCAUGGCUGACAACAGUACCGAGAAGGAUUUUCUUGAUGACCUCAAAAAUCUGCCGAAGUUGGGACCGGCAACAGUACAGACACCUGUCCAGGAAUAUUCAGCUGAUUUGGGCGGGUCUGAGAUGCAUUCAGAUGCAGACGAGCAGCAUGAUGAUGAUGACGAGCAUCGGCUCUCAUUCUUUCUCUGCCUCUUCCGGGUUCGAUACCAUACGACAGCUUGUCAAUGCAGAGGAUACGGAUAUUCUUUGCUCCUUUGCAAAGUAUGUUUUUAAAUAGAGGCCAUAUUUGCCGCAGUGAUUUAGGCACUUUCCCUGGCUGGGGCGAGAACGACGCUAUACUGGAUAUGCCUUCCACUUCUUCCACAACAUCCAAGCCAAAACGACACUCUCAUAAACAUCCAGUUGGUCUAGGUCUCGGGCAUCCUUCAUCCAGUUCCCUCCGCGCCGCGCCACCACCACUCUCUUUGGAGUCGGCGGGAAUAGGUAUGCUCACAUCCUUGUUGUCCGUCCCCUCUGGCCUCUGUCGUCUCACUUCCCAACCUCCAUCGAAAUUACCACCUCGACAGCCUCAGCCUCAACCUCGUUCACGCGCUCGUGCUCGUCUCUUGUUGAAAAUGCCGCACCUCACUAUUUCCAAAUUCACCAAGAGGCUACUCUAUACUAUUCCGGAGUCGUCAACCAGCUCUCUAUUUCAGGGACAUCGGUGCGUUAUUGGGAGGAAUGCCUAUAAUGAAGGAAAGAUUUUCGAGGGGAAAAGGUCAAAUCGUUUGGGCGCACGCUGUUUUAAGAAAACAAGAAUCCUGUUGGUUAGAAUAACCAACUCAAAAAAAAACGAGAAAAAUUCAAGCAUCUACUUGUACGAGGACUACAAUACAUACAUACACACGCACACACACACACAUAUAUAUAUAUAUUACACACCAUCUCUUUCUUCCUCAGUCAUCGUAGUUCAAUGAUUGGUGCGAAUUCCUAUACAGACUGCUGAUCCACAAGCGAGCCACCCACCCGACAUCUCAAUUUGGCUCCGGUAGUGGCAGUGGUGCAUAUGAUAACUACGAGACUUCCAUGCUACAGUAACUCAAAUCGCUCAACGAAGAGAUGAAGGUCCUUGCU